AUGUCUGCAAGUGAGGAAAACAGAGAUUUAAAGGACGAUAAAGUCGUUACAGAACCAGAAAAUGACCAGGAUACUAAACCUAAAAAACUUAAAUAUGACGACGGUUUUUCGGAAUUGGAAGACGAGGAACCACGAAAACGUAGAGCAAGGACUGGUAGUAAAGUAAAGAGAACAAGAACAAGAAAACCUAAAGAAGAAACAUCAACGCGUAAAACACCAAAGACUGACAACGAAGAUGCGGGUUCCGGCUUGGAUAAUGAAGCAAAGGGUAAAGAAUCUCCGUCAACGCGUAAAAUACUAAAAUCUGAUAAUAAAAAAGAUGCGAGCUCCAAUUCAGACAAUAAUGAAACAACGGACAAGGGAGAGAGUAAAGCGCCUCGAAAAAGAAAGAGUAAAUCUAAAGCUGCUGGUAAAUCAAAAAGGCGUAAGAAGGCUAUAAUAGAAGAUGAACGCGACGAUGGUGCUGAAGAUUACCAACCAAGUGAUGAGGAAGAAGAACCUGUCCCAAAACAAUCAAAGCAUGCAAUUCAAAAAUCUAAAGAAGUGUCGGUUGAUGAUGACGAAGAACUAAACAAGUUGAAAAAGUUCGUUUCAAAAUGUGGUGUACGAAAAGUUUGGUCAAAAGAAUUGGCCAAAUUAGAAUUAGACGACAAAAUCAUCAAAGUGAAAUCUAUCCUAGUGGAAUUGGGAGUGACAGGUGAACCGACUGAAGCGAAGUGUCAAAAGGUGCGCAAAGCUAGAGAGCUUCAAUCAGAAUUGAAGGAAAUAAGCAAGGUUAAUAUAAUUUCUGACCAAACGAAAGAAACAAGACGAACAAGAGCAUCAAGAGGAAUUACUAGUGCUACCAUUGAUCGUAGCAGAUAA